AUGAUUCGGUUUGGCAGGUCGCUCGGCUGGGCCAAGGCUCGGGGCCCCCGCGGCAGCCCGGAGACCCGGCCCUCCUCCUCCUCCUCCUCCUCCUCCUCCUUCGGCAGCCUGGCGCGGGGCAGGUCCCUGCGGGUGCUCGUGGACAUGGACGGGGUGCUGGCGGACUUCGAGGGUGGCUUCCUGAAGAAGUUCAGGGCCAGGUACCCGGACAAACCUUACAUCGCUCUGGAGGACCGGAGGGGCUUCUGGGUUUCAGAACAGUAUGGACAACUGAGACCCGAACUGACUGAGAAAGCCAUCAGCAUUUGGGAGUCAAAGAAUUUCUUUAUUGAACUUGAACCUCUACCAGGGGCCGUGGAAGCUGUGAAACAGAUGGCCCGCUUAGAAAACACAGAUGUGUUCAUCUGUACAAGCCCCAUCAGGAACUAUAAGUACUGUCCUUAUGAGAAGUAUGCCUGGGUAGAGAAGCAUUUUGGUCAGGAAUUUCUGGAGAAGAUCGUGCUCACACAGGAUAAGACAGUGGUCUCUGCAGAUCUCCUUAUAGAUGACCGACCAGAUAUAACAGGGGCUGAGCCAAACCCCAGCUGGGAGCACAUCCUCUUCACUGCCUGCCACAACAAACACCUCCAGCUGCAGCCACCCAACCGGAGGCUCCACUCAUGGACUGAUGAUUGGAAGGCAAUUCUGGACAGCAAGCGCUCUCCAUCACCCAGGAUCCUCCCUCCUUAA